CCGUAUCCCCCGACUCAGUCUCUCACACCGUCGUCACUUUUUUUAUUUGGUCUUCCUUGUGUCAUCGCUGUCUCUGACUUCCCUGUCUCCUCCUCCUCCUCCUCCUCCUCCUUCCCUUUUGCUUCUCCGCCGUAUUCUCUCUCUCUCUCACCGCCACCACUAGUAUCGCCGAAAAGUCACAAGCUUUACUAAAGCAUCACCAUUUUGCGCAAUCAAAUUUGGCUUCUUCUCGAGGGGGAAAAUUCUCAAAAAAUCAAAGUCCCGGUCUUUGGUGGAGGCUCUUCGUUAGAUCUGACAAGUCAAUUUAAGGCGGUGCCCAUCUCGAAAGUUUUAAGCUUUACGUUUCAACUGGCUGGUGUUUACGGUAUUGAUGGUUUCCACUGCGGCUAGGACCUCCUCCGGGGCUUUUGUUUGUUGUAGACGAUGAACGGUGAGGAUCGAAGAGGAGGGUGGUGGUGUCGUUCUGGUGAUUGUUUCACAUGGAAUGGCAGAUCUUGUGUCCUAUUGUAACGCUCCUCCUGACCACAACGUUGAACAAGCAUUGAUUACAUUGAAGAAGGGCUCUCAGCUUUUGAAGUAUGGUCGCAAAGGAAAGCCCAAGUUUUAUCCUUUUAGACUCUCUAGUGAUGAAAAGUAUCUGAUCUGGAUAUCGAGCAGCGGCGAAAAGCGGCUUAAGUUAGCUUCUGUAUCUAAAAUUGUACCUGGGCAAAGAACUGCUGUUUUCCAGCGUUACCUUCGCCCAGAGAAAGACUACUUAUCUUUUUCUCUCUUAUACAACGGAAAAAAGAAGUCUCUUGACUUGAUUUGUAAGGACAAGGUCGAGGCUGAAGCUUGGAUUGGAGGUCUUAGAGCAUUGAUAUCUGCAGGGCAAGGCGGACGGUCAAAGAUUGAUGGCUGGAAUGGCGGAAACAUCUCGGUUGAUAAUAUGAAGAAAACCAAGGCGAAAAUAAUAAGGUUUUGGAGACAGUAUUCGUCCCAACGAGGAGGUCUAGUUCUAAGUGACACAACCGCCAGCAGAGACUUGACAUCUAGCAGUCAAAGCAGCAGCUCCGCGACCACUUCACAUAGCCACAGCUCUCCCGGGACUCCCUUCAGUUUCGAUCCAAUCGCUUCUCCCAAGAGCGAGGUCCCUUCAACCGAUUCAGAGAAGUCACAUGUUUUACUAGACACCAAAACCAUGCAAACAAAGGUAUCCGGUUCAGACGGGUUCCGAGUCAGCGUCUCCAGCGCACAGAGCAGCUCCAGCCACGGCUCUGGGGCUGACGACGCCGACGCGCUAGGUGACGUGUACAUCUGGGGCGAGGUCAUUAUCUCUGACAAUGCCGUGACCGCCACGAGAACAGACGUCCUUGUGCCUAAGCCGUUGGAAUCAAACAUCGUCCUCGAAGUUCACCAGAUUGCUUGCGGCGUACGGCACGCCGCGUUUGUGACGAGGCAGGGAGAGAUUUUCACUUGGGGGGAAGAGUCAGGAGGUAGGCUAGGCCACGGGAUGGGAAAAGACGUUUUACACCCUCGUCUCGUUGACUCCCUCGCAACUAACUUUGACUUUGUUUCCUGCGGAGAGUUCCACACGUGCGCAGUGACUCUCUCGGGAGAGCUUUACACGUGGGGAGACGGGACGCACAGCGUCGGCCUUCUAGGGCACGGAUCGGAUAUCAGCCACUGGAUACCGAAGCGAAUCGCCGGGCCUCUCGAAGGGCUCCACGUGGCGUCGGUGGCUUGCGGGCCUUGGCACACGGCUCUUGUGACGUCUCACGGGAGGCUUUUUACUUUUGGAGACGGGACGUUUGGGGUGUUGGGGCAUGGUGAUAGGGAGACGGUUAGGUCUCCGAGGGAGGUUGAGUCUUUGUCAGGGCUGAGAACGAUUGCGGUUUCGUGCGGGGUGUGGCACACGGCGGCUGUCGUUGAGAUCAUCGUCGCCCCGCAGUCGAACGCUAGCUCCGGGAAGCUGUUCACGUGGGGCGACGGGGAUAAAAACCGUCUCGGGCACGGGGAUAAGGACGCACGGCUUAAACCGACGUGCGUCCCUUCACUUAUUGACUACAACUUCCACAGAGUCGCGUGCGGGCACAGCUUAACAGUCGGGUUAACUACUUCUGGACAGGUGUUCACGAUGGGGAGUACAGUCUACGGCCAGCUCGGGAACUCGCUGGCAGACGGGAAGGUGCCGUGUUUGGUUGAGGACAAGCUCGCGAGCGAGUUUGUUGAAGAGAUCUCUUGCGGAGCGUAUCACGUGGCGGCGCUGACGUCUAGAAACGAAGUGUACACGUGGGGGAAAGGAGCUAACGGGAGGUUAGGGCACGGCGAUUUGGAGGAUCGGAAAGUGCCGACUCUAGUGGAAGGUUUGAAGGAUAGGCACGUUAAGUACAUUGCUUGCGGGUCAAGCUACACUGCGGCGAUUUGUCUGCAUAAAUGGGUCUCUGGCGCUGAGCAGUCUCAGUGCUCAGCGUGUAGGCUUGCGUUUGGCUUCACGAGGAAGAGGCAUAACUGUUACAAUUGCGGACUUGUUCAUUGUCAUUCGUGCAGCUCCAAGAAGGCGUUCGGAGCUGCGUUGGCUCCGAGCGCCGGGAGGCUGUACCGUGUCUGCGACGUUUGUUAUGUUAAGCUGAGCAAAGUUUCGGAUACGAGUAGGAGGAACAGCGUCGUGCCGCGUCUCUCGGGGGAGAAUAAGGAUAGAUUGGAUAAAUCUGAGAUAAGAUUGGCGAAGUUUGGUGCGACUAAUGUGGAUUUGAUCAAGCAGUUGGAUAGCAAAGCUGCUAAACAAGGGAAGAAGAGUAGUGAUAACUUUCGCAACUCUCAGCUGCCUUCUUUGUUGCAGCUGAAAGAUGUGGUGCAGUCAAGGUCUAAUGCUCCGAAGCUAGUUCAGGCUCCAUCAGGUAUUAGCUCCCGGUCGGUUUCGCCUUUCUCUAGGAGGUCUAGUCCUCCUCCUCGCCCUGCUACUCCUAUGCCUUCUUUGACUUCUGGAAUCUAUUUCCCGGUGGGGAUAGCGGAUAAUAUGAAAAAAACUAAUGAGAUUCUGAAUCAGGAGAUUAUUAAGUUACGAACACAGGUUGACAGUUUGACUCAAAAGUGUGAGCUUCAAGAAGUAGAGCUCAAGAACUCGGUUAAGAAGACUCAGGAAGCCUUAGCGUUGGCAGAGGAGGAGUCUGCUAAGUCGAGAGCUGCUAAGGAGGCAAUAAAGUCACUCAUAGCGCAGCUCAAGGACGUAGCUGAGAAGUUGCCUCCUGGUGAGAGCAUCAAACUGGCCUGCCUACAAAACGGUUUCAAUUUCCCUGAAGAAAACGGUUUCCUUCAUUCAAGAUCAGAGUCCAUGACUUCCUCUGUAUCUUCAGUUGCUCCUUCUGACUUCGCCUUUGCGAAUGCAUCUUCUCGGUCCAGUCUCCAAUCGCCAAACCACACUCCUAGAGCCUUCGAAAGAAACAACAACAACGCUUAUCCAGCAGACCCGCGGCUUAGCAGCAGCGGGUCAGUAAUCAGCGAGAGACACGAGCCUUUCCAGUUCCAAAACGACAAUGGUUCGAGCCACACAGGAGCUGUUGACAAUACUAAUGAUGUGGAAGCAGAGUGGAUCGAACAGUAUGAGCCUGGCGUGUAUAUAACCCUUGUGGCACUUCAUGAUGGAACUAGAGAGCUAAGAAGAGUCCGCUUCAGCCGGAGAAGAUUCGGUGAAAAUCAAGCAGAGACAUGGUGGUCGGAGAAUCGAGAAAACGUGUAUGAGAAAUAUAAUGUGAGAGUGUCUGAAAAACCAACAGCUUCUCAAACGAAUAGAGACAGAGACCAUGAAGAAGAAGAUGUUGCUCAGUAGGUUUUGCACUCAUAAGUUUUAGUUUUCUUUGUCUUUUGCCCCGAAACUCUUCAUUUGUUCAACUUAACCCUUCUUCCUUUUGACCCACCGUGUUUGGGAGGUUAAUGUUCAUGUCCUUAGAUGUAAUAUUGUAUAUAUAAAAAGACCAUCUGUUCUCGGUUCA